UGAUGGCAUACCCCCAACGCCCGUCCUGACGCCGUUCCAUCGCACGCACCGUUCCUUCUUCCCUCUCUCCGCAUCACCAGAGAAUGUAUGAAGCUGCCUCCUCCACCGCGGGACCCUCUCCCUCCCUCCUCUCCAAGACCAGGUGGGCCAGGGGUGUGACCAAGGCGGUGACCCAUUACAUGGCCCUCUCGACAACAUCCUCCAUCGAAUGCGAUUCUCCAAGUUCUUGGCCGUUUGUGAAAUUCUUCUUUCGGGGUUACUCCAGAAUGGUAGGCUUACUUUCGAGCAACUUGUACGACGAGCAACCUCAAUUAAACCUGAUGUAUGAGAUCUACCUCCGGAAUCUUACCUUACCGAAGUUCUUGAUUGUUACUGUCUUGGUGUUCAUAUCAUCUCUAGUCAGUGUAAGUGUGCGGGAAGGGCUGCGUGCAAAUUUUGAGGGACUUGUAAGUGCAUGCUAUGUGGAACGUUGUCCAAGACCUGAACCCUUCAUUGAGCCACCUCCACAAGAUGAAACUAGAUCGACAAGAAAAUGCAGUUCUAAGUCUUGUGAAGAAACCCCUUCUGUAGAACAACAAGCUAUGAUAGCUGCAGCCCUUUCGGAUGCUGAAAGAUUUUUUGAAAUUGCAGAUACUGCUACAGAAUUGACAGAUAUAAAAUCGACCGAUCACUAUCCAGAUGUCUCUGUUGGUGAUAAGGUUUACUUUGGUUAUCCUGUUGCAAGCUUUUGCGCAUAUGCAUCUGGCAGACAUUUUUCUAGGAGUGUUUGGUCCUUAUGUUGCAAGCUUGCAUUGUGCAGGGCCAAGCUUGGAGCUUGGUGCUAGGGAGAUCAUAAAAACUAUACUUAGAAAAUAUUUUGCUGUUGGAAAAUCUGGUCCAAAUUUAUUGCUUGUGUCUUUAAUCAUUAGAAUCAGAAUUUAAUGUAAAUCUAUUGCCUUUCCAUUCUUAAACUGAUUUUCAGUAUUUAUAAGCAGAUAUUUCAGUUUAA